AUGGUACAUUUGUGUAUCACAUUCCUUACAAAGUUCAGAGCUACUCUCGACGGUCUAGAUAAUUCCAUACAGAGUGAUCACACCAAGAUAGACACAGUUUUGAGGAAAGAAUGCAAAACUACACAGCCUAAAGAUGAGAGAUUCUGCUGGUACAUUGGAGCAACUGAAACUUCAGCAACUGGUAUGACACAGAUGGUCACUAAACCUAUGUCAUUCCAUAAGCCUGUGGAGAAGAUUUGCGGAGAGCUGCACAAGAAGGAUGCUUCAAUUUGUGAUCUUAAAUACGAGAAGCAGAUUGACCUGAAGACUGUUAACAUCAAGAAACUGAAAGUUAAAGAUCUGAAGAAGAUUCUGGAACAACAUGGUCAAAAUUGCAAGGGUUGCACCGAGAAAAGCGAAUAUGUCAAGAAAGUAGAGGCCAUCGCCGCUUCCCAGGGUCGAAGCGAACUUUAGAUUUAAAAUAGAUUUAUUGUUUUUAACGACCUCCGUUUAUGGCAGGUCUUUCAGCUUUUCACCUUGUAAAAAGCUUCCUUAACCGCAGAUAUACUGAACUUUUUAAUACGUUAUGUUUAUGAAUAUUUUGCUGAUAUAUUUGCAGCGAAGGGAAGUAUUUCCUGGAGCUUUAUUAGAUCUUGCAAGUAUUUUACCAUAGGAAUGAAUUUAUGAGGUUAUGUUUUGAAUUGUACCAUUGCUGUGUAUUUGUAUGAUAUUGGUUGACGAAAAA